UUAGUUCCUCCUGAUUCUUGUUCUUGCAUCACAUGUCUCAAGAGAGAUAAUAGUAAAACCAAACGAAGCGCUUGAUUCUGGAAAGUGAUCGUUUUUCUUAUACCCAUUUGCAUCAGUCAUAGGUUGUUUCAGUUGUUGAUUCUCGGUCAGGCUUCUUUUUCUUUUUUCUUGCAUGUGCGUCACUGGUUCGAUCAUGGAGGCACAAACUGUCUGCUCUCCACGUAUCAUACCUCCUUCUCAUCGUGUGACUUGGUGUCGUCCCAAGCUUCUCUCACCCACCAACGAUGCUCUGUUCUCCGGUGUAUCUCUGGUCUCCAUGCUUAAUUUGAGGACAUUUUCACCGGCUAUAUGUUGGGCCAUGGAAAAAUCUGACGAGGGAAGAGCUGAUGGGAGUCACGAAAAAAAGAUGCCAAUUAUACCAGAUUCAUAUCAUUUGAUGAAAUCAAUGACAAAUUUUGCACUGACUAACUUUCUCCCAAUAGCUCUGCUCAGUGGAGUAGCUUUGGGAUUUGCAGAUCCUACUCGCGGUUGUCUUGCACACAAACAUUCGUUGACACAAUUUGCCACUUUAGGAAUAUUCUUUAUAUCAGGUCUGAAGUUGCAGGACAGGGAAAUAGGAUCUGCCGCACAAGCAUGGCCUUUAGGAUUAUAUGGGCUAGCUUCUAUACUUCUGAUCAGUCCCUUCUUGUCCAAACUAAUUUUGCAAUUUCAGCUCUCACCUCAGGAAUUUAUUACAGGGUUGGCCAUUUUUACUUGUAUGCCAACGACACUAUCUAGUGGAGUUGCUCUAACUCAACUUGCCGGUGGAAAUUCUACUCUGGCACUUGUAUUGACGGUAAUGUCUAAUUUAUUAGGAACUGUCGCUGUAAUUCUCAUCUUCUAUGUGCCAUUUUGGGUAUCAAAGUUCUUCGCUGAUGGUUUUGGUGUAUCCAUCCCUACCGAGAAGCUUUUUUGGAGCCUUAUGUAUACACUUCUUGCCCCUUCGGUUCUGGGAAAGGCAGUGCGAUAUUCCUUCCGAGGUCUGGCAACCCAUACUGAUCAGAAUAAAAGGGUUUUGACAAUGACCUCUACGAUCCUUCUAAGCCUUACGCCAUGGAUGCAAGUGAGUAAAUCAAGAGAUUUGCUCUUAAUGGUGAAGCCACUAAUUUUUCUCAAAGCUAUUGGGCUAGGAAUAGUGGUGCACCUUCUCUUUCUAGGUUUCAAUGCCGUUGCCUUGAAGAUUUUCUCAACUGCCUCUGGUUCAAGGAUGUCUUCUCUAGUGAACAAAAAGAAUGCUCGUGCCCUUAUGAUAGUUUGUAGUCAGAAAGCGCUGCUGAUUGUAGUAGCAGUGGUAGAGCAGCUGAACGGUGCACUUGGCGAGCCCGGGCUGCUAGUGCUCCCUUGUGUAGCGGCACACAUAACCCAGAUCAUCAUCGACUCAUUAGUAGUUAACUUUUGGCUACAAAGAGAUCGAGCAUACAUGAAAAUCAAGACAGCAUGAAGCUUGUCUUCUCAGCAUUUGUCGGGUAUCGGCAUCUUCUGUGUCCUUCAAGAAUAUGGCGCUAAUGCUACUGGAGAACGUUUCAUCCUAACGGCUUCGGACGGAAAGAGCGUGUUCUUUGUAAUGCUGAACAGGCUCUUCGGGAUGACAAUUU